AUGGGAAGUGCGUCCCUCUUCCAAGUUGGGGAUGAUGUCGAGUUCUGGCGAGUGCUGAUCCAUUUAAGUAUACUGGUCUUCUGUCUAGUCAUUUUUGAGUCUAUUUUGCAUAAUGUGGAGCAAAAACUCUCUCGUUACGACAAGUACCAGCACAUGCUUCGUAAAGCAUAUCGAGAGCUCAUGGUGCUCGGUCUAAUUAGUCUCGGUCUCAAGAUACUCAAGGAGGUGCCAGGAGUUAAUGCAGACACAAAAACCAUGUUAGCGUUCCAAGUGGCCGACUUGACGAUAUUCAUUUUGGCUCUUGCGUUAAUUCUUCAAGCUAUUGUCGUCUUUUUGCAGCAACGCAAAAGCAACAUCUUGGCUGAUCGUACUGAACUUAUAACAGCUCGAGACCUUGUGGAUGCUAUCAGUGCUCCACCAGCCGCCCAGUCAGCUCCUCUUAAGUCUAAAUGGUGUUGGUUUGAAUCUAAAAAACUCAUUGGAGGAUUUGAAAGAGAGGUCGUGGAGCGACGGUUGUUGCGUCAUUUGUUUCUUCGGAGAUUCGGAUUGCCUCAACUGUUCCCUUUCUCCAAGUACCUACGACGGGCUCAAGCUAACCAAAUUUCGCACAUGAUUGAGGUCGAGCCAUCUAUGUGGGUCCUAUUACUUGCAGUCGCAUGGGCCCUUUGUGGUGCGCUGGCAAGUUUGCAACAUUUGGAGUAUGACUUACCAACAGGCCAUGAAUUGGUUGAGGUGUUUGUUGUGUUCGCCUGGGGUCUUGUCAUUGCGCAUGUUGCAGCUUUGUUGUACUUUCGUUCGUGCGUACAUCAACUUUUGCGCGCUGCGGGGUACAGUGAUGAUGAGUCAACUUUGUUAGAAAACCUUCGUUUUAUUGCUGAAGAAGAGGCUUUAGCAUGGCAAAAUGAAGCCGCGGACACGGCAUUAGAUACGAUGAACCGAGUCCAAGAAGAAUUGGAUGAAAUUGAAGAUCAUCGAAAUUCUCGACGUCAUAAAAUUCUUCAAAAAGAUGAAGGUUUGCAACUCAUGGUUACGUGUUUUCGUAAGAUCAACCACAUGAACGAUCCCAAAUUUCGCUCACGUCGAGCAAUGAGUGGUGCACAAAUUGGAACUCCGCAUCUGAACUUACGCUUUUUCUCUCGAAAAGCUUGGCAUGUUGCUGUUAUGUUUCUACUCAUUCUCAAUGGGUUUUUUAUCGCUUUACUCGUUCAAUGUGCAGUAUACGAAUUGGAUGACAUCUACAAAGAGUAUGGACUUGCACCUGCUGUGAUGGUGCCGCUUCCUUUGUUUCUUAAUACAUUUGUGCUUCAACAACGAAUGUUUCGCUCCUUUGUCAUGGUUUGCAGUAUCUCACGUGUUGAAGCCACGACAUUGGGAGAAGUUGUGACUCAUUUCAGUGAAAUUGUCGAAUUACGAUCUGAAUUUGCUACUGCAUUGCUCAAUUGUUUGAUCGAGCGAGAGUAUACACUUAUUGAUUUGCGUCGCGAACUUCGUGCGCACGAUCUACGUCAUAGUGGAAUGAUCGAUGUGGAUAAACUACGUGAUGUCUUGUCCGCCUUUGGCUUUCGAUUGACUCGCUUUCGGUUCAAUAGUUUAGCCAAAAUGCUGUUUAACCUUAAUGGUACUAAAGUCGAGUAUGGACAAUUACUUCGACUCUUGACUUUGGCUCAACAGGAGGCACCCCAAGAUACUUUACAAGCAAGUCGAUCGCGUCAGCAUCCGCUACUGCAACGAAGUCAGACGAGCAAUGAUAUUGGCGACAACACGAGUAGGUUUUCAAAUACGCUUGACGGUUCUGAAUUGGGACGACAAGACCCGUCACUCCUGUCGUCCCGACAAGAUCCGUUCACUUUGUCAGGACGACAAGACCCGCUAAUUAUGUCGGGACGCCAAGUUCCGUCAAAUAUGUCUGGACGACAAGCUCCGUCAAAUAUGUCGGGACGACUAGAUCGGUCAAAUAUCUCGGGACGACAAGACCCGUCGGGACGACAAGACCCGUCAAGCCCACCUCAAAAUCUGGACUCUGAACCUAGAUCGGAUACCGAUGCUACUGUGCGUACGACUAUGACGAGAUUGCAUCGAUUUUCGAGAGUAUCGGGACUUCAGCAAACAGCCAAGUUUGAAAACCGAGGUCGGGGUUUUACGAGGGAAUUAGGCUAUACGCAAAUUGCAAGUUCAAGAGCACUUCACGACAUGUACAACAUUCGUUCUGAUUCCGAAGCACAUGUGGAUAAUGUACUCUCGGACACAGCAUAUACAGUCUUGUAA